GAGCUGAUUCACGAUCUUUUGACUGACCAGUGAAAAUGAGUGGAAGAGGUAAGGGAGGCAAAGGACUCGGAAAAGGAGGCGCUAAGCGUCACCGCAAGGUUCUCCGUGAUAACAUCCAGGGAAUCACCAAGCCCGCCAUCCGCCGCCUGGCUCGCCGCGGUGGUGUCAAGCGUAUUUCCGGUCUGAUCUACGAGGAGACUCGCGGGGUGCUCAAGGUGUUCCUGGAGAACGUCAUCCGUGACGCCGUCACCUACACCGAGCACGCCAAGAGGAAGACCGUGACCGCCAUGGAUGUGGUGUACGCGCUCAAGAGGCAGGGCCGCACUCUGUACGGCUUUGGAGGUUAAGCUCACAGCUCGGACACACAACUACAAACACACAAAGGUCCUUUUAAGGGCCGCCCACACGUUCAAAAAGGACAAAUGAUUCUUACCUGUUUAUAGCUGCAUGAUCUGAGUGAUUGGACAGUAAUAUUGAUGCCACUCAGUCACUUGUCUAAAGUAACACACUUUUCCUCUUCUCACUCUUCAUCUUCAAGUGGGGACAAUGUAAGUUGAAUAAAGUAGUUUACAAUUGA